UGAGACAGACGUACAGUUUUUACCGUCUAGUUAACUUCAUCAAGCUCGUUAUUUACUUAUUUCUUGUCGCAGCGUUCGUGAUGGUAUUCACGAAAUCAUUCAAAAAUGGAGAAAUUAUUAAUAUUCGUGAUUUGAACAACAGUUUAUGUUUAUCGUCAAUUUCAACUUGCAGUUGCGAAGCGGAUCUCAGGGGACCCAAUCAGAGUGUCGUCUCAUUCUCACUUUACGGCGACUUGACCGAUCCGUCCGUUUCGGACAGAUACAUCCGCCCGCUGAGAGCCUUGACCGCAAACAUCAGCCGCAUUUAUCCAGAUUGGAUCGUCAGGAUUUAUCACAAUUUUUCGAUGGAGGACGGAAGAGAAUUAAAAGAAAUGUUGAACGAUUCCGCCAAGAUCGACUUUUGCGACGUCGAACGCAUCCUCCGGUUGCGCAACAUCCGGCCGACGGUAUUUCCCAUGACCUGGCGCUUUCUCCCGCUGCUGGAUCCUCUGGUGGAUCGGUUCAUGUCGAGAGACACGGACUCGGAGUUGAUCCGUCGAGAAAUCGACGCCGUCCUCCAAUGGCUGUCCGCCAGCGACGCCACUUUCCACGCCAUGCGAGAUCAUCCGUGGCAUUGCGACACUGAAAUUCUCGGAGGACUGUGGGGGGCCAAAGUCCAUCAAAGGCGUCGUGACAUUGGCCGGGUCGUCGCGAAAAUGUUCAAAAGGCCAAUGCCAUCCUUCCACGGCGUCGAUCAAUUGCUACUGAAAUUUUACCUUUGGCCUUUAGCUGUAAAAGACUCGGUGAUACACGAUAGUUACUGCUGUGAAACAUUCCCGUCUUCUUCGCUAUUACCUUUUCCAACCAGGCGACAAGAUUCUUCCUCGUUUGUUGGAUCGGUUUACGCCAACCAAAGUCUUCCGUCGCCCGGAAUGUGCCCGGAAAAAUGCCGACCCCAACGACACCCAGAUUGGAAUGAAUGUUAA